AUGAAAGCCUCCACGCUCACAUCGCUGUCCCUUUCCCUCCUCUCAACCGCCUCAUCCACGGCAGCUUCUUAUUCCCUCCCUCCCCUUGUCGUCGAUGUAGCCCCCGACCACGUCCGUCCCUACAUCCUGCCUCGCUACAAGGGCCAGGCCAUCAAGCUGACCACCUCUGGUCAAAUCAUCCGCUUCUCCAUCACCACAAACUCCUCCGACGGCGCCUUUGCCGUUGUCCAGCACACCAGCAAAUGGACGGGCUGGACUUCUGCGCGGCCUCACACUCACCGCGAGGCCCACGAGCAUUUCUACUGCUCCAAGGGACGAGUCGAGCUGUGGACCAAGAAGAACGUGACGGGCGCCAUUGACGAGGCUCGCGUGCUCACGCUGGGUGAUUUCGGCACCGCUCCGCCCGGCACGAUUCACACCUUUCAGCACACGGAUCCGGAUAGCCAGCUCACGCACAUUUACAACCCGGCCGGGUUCGAAGAGCUGUACAACGUCUACAGCAUCGGAGACUUUGAUUCUCCCCACGGAUCGCCGUAUCAGCUGAUCGGGGACGACCAGCAGCCCUUUGGCGAUAUCACACCCGAGCUAGAAGCCCAGCUCAACUCGCUCGACUUGUACGUGGCCAAGGCUGACGUCUACGUGCCGCGACGAGACUUUGUCAAUGGCACCGCUGGCAACCCAAGCAUCAACUGGCACAACGGCAACGUCUGGAACAACGGCAACAACUCGCUGUCCACGGAUCCCACGGAUCCGUACUACGUCGCCAAAGACUACGGGCCAAAGUACCUCAACAGCGAAAACGGCUACAAGGUCAUCCAGACACUGCUCACGGCGGAGCAGACGCCCUACAAGAACUUUACCAUUAGCACGCUCACGCUGUCUCCGAGGCUCGAGGGCGACAAGACGAAUGCUGCUCAGCUGCCUCACCACUUUGCCAUCCAGAUGGACGAGGGCCAGCUUGCCCUGACGGUUCAGGGCUACAAGACGGAGUAUCUCCUCCCCGGAGAUGUUGCGUUUAUUCCUUCGGGUACUCGUUUCGAGUAUUACGCGACGGUGCCGUUUACAAAGUUUUUGUUUCUGAAUGGUGGAGCAAAGGGAUUGGAUUAUGAGUUGUUGGCGAAGGCGGUGCCGUGGGAUUUUCCCGCGUAUCCCGAGUGA